CAGGACAGGAGGAGGAAGCAGUGUGUAGGGGGGGAAUCGAAGCACCUAAAGAGAAGCUCAGCAACAACAUCAUCCUCAUCACUCCAGCUGCUUCAGGGUUAUCCCGCAUCAGCGCGCCAAGCAGCGGGGAACGAGACCAAAUCAGGUUUACACACGGCUCCACAAGAUCCUGUUGCAUCCUUUUUUUGUUUUGAAUCGCAGCACCGAUCAGGAAGGAUAAACCCAGAUGGACAAACUAAGCCCCUCAGAAGAGAAGCCUGUCCAGCGCUCCAAGUCUUUGAGCUUUAAGACACAGAAAGAGAUCUGCUCGUCCUGCGAGAAGACCGUGUAUCCGAUGGAGAGACUGGUGGCCAACAACCUGAUCUUCCAUACAACCUGCUUCUGCUGUAAGCACUGCAACACCAAGCUCAGUCUGGGCACAUAUGCAGCGCUGCAAGGUGAGUUUUACUGCAAACCGCACUUCCAGCAGCUGUUCAAGAGCAAGGGGAACUAUGACGAGGGCUUCGGACGCAAGCAGCACAAGGAGCUCUGGGCCUCCAAAGAUGCUGAGAGCAUCACCAAGUCACCGUGACGACCUCUCCAUCCUCCUCUUCUACUGAUCUCCAGCGCUUUCUCGCCCCUCGCCUGCCUGCCCUGACACACACGCGUUGGGGCAGGCAUCUCAAACCUUGCCGAGAGCAUUUUAAAAACUUUUGCCCUUUAGCUUUUAGUAAAUGAUUUUUUUUUUUUUUUUAAAUCAUUUUCUUUCUUUACCUGUGUGGUUUCAUAAACAGUAAUUAACUCACUGAUUGUAACCAAAACCCCACAUCGAAAGUGGAGAUCUCUGCUUUGUUUUCUUUUAUUUUUACAUAUAUCUAUUUUGUUAAUUAUUAUCGUGUUCCAUUUUAUCAUUCUUUUGUCAGGCACACAUGCUGGCACAUGAAAGGUCCUUUAACUGAAUCACUUACACAAGCAUUUCAGGAUGUACACUCAGGUAGCAGUUCUGGGGUGUGAGAUCCAUUCCUUCUAUCUUUUGAGCAUUGUUGAUUCUGUUUCUGUUGGAGAGAGUGAGGCGGGUGUCCACUUUAUUUUACCUUUUCAGCAGGGUAUUAUAUCUGUGAAAGUACAGGGUCCAUGGUACUGUAUGCAUCUCUGCUGAACAUGGCUCAAAACGUUCACACGCUCGCUUUUUCUUUGUCCUAAUGUGUCUGCACACAUCAUUAAAUGGAGCGAAAUAGGUUUCCUCUUAUGAAAAAUACAAAGUUUAAAGUGUAAAUCUAGUUUCUCGCUUCGUUUCUUGAGACAGAAGUCUUAAAGGGUGCUUUCACACCUUAGUCCAUUUUAUCAAGUAUGGAAAAAAUAAAAUUUGGUACUUGUUGCUAGUUUGCUGUUGGGUUUGGUAUGAAGAAGCUUUUUCGGAGUGGUGUGUGUGGGGCUAAAAUUCGAGACUGUAAAAUUCAUUCGUUCAUCGGACAUAACAAUAUUCGCAGUGAUCACAGAGCCUGUGCUCAAAAAAUGGUUAUAUAAAUAGCAGUUUAUUCAGUUUUUUUUUCCUCUCCUCGUCAUGCAGUCGAAAUCUCCAGAACCAAACAAAGUGCUGUGAUUUUUUUUUUUUUUUUUUUGACUCACUUUGUGCCUCAUGGCUCAAAAUGCACAGCAUGUUUGUUUGAUUCGCUGAGUCGAUUCCGAGUCGAAUCACUUUCUCACUGCAAUCGAAUCAGUGGACAGAGUCCGCUUUCCUCAGACGCUGUCGGACCUGAGCGUGAUUAGUGUUUUCACUUAAACUAAAGCAGAUGUGAAGGCACCCCUAAAGACCUCUCUGUGGUUCACUUCAUUCACGAUAGAACUUUUGAUCGUUGUUUUUGCUCAGGCUUUUUAUUUUCUUUUGUGAAAACUGAGUUUUCACAAAAGCACUAUAUUUCCACAGUCAAGUUUCCUUAAAGCUAGACGGCCUGAAAUUUAGUUUCGUCUGAAAUUUGAUCAUUUGUGAUGCAUGUUUUUAUUUCUGUAAUAUCUUAAAAUAUCAGGCCAUUCUGUGGCUGGGAAGUUAUUUAAUUUGAGCUGAUUAAAGCAAAUGUGCAUGAAAUCGCUCGCGGCGUGCAGUCAAGCAGACCGAGGAAGUCCGUGUGUGCAUGUGCACAGGUUUACCUUUGACCAUUCCAUCAUUCUGUCGCUAAACGAACAGCUGAUCACACCGAGGUGCUCGCUGAGCGCCGAUAUUUAUUAGUUUGGUCCUGCGUUUCCUUUCCUUCGUAUAUAAUACGACGUCUUUUUUUUUCUUCUCGCUUGCUUUCCAUUACUGGAGUCAGUCUUUUACGUUUCAUUCGCACACUCACGAGCUCCAUUUUUCUCUCCUGUUUCAAAUUUGUAUCCCACAAUGCAUUGUGCAAACGGGAAAACCCACCAUGUGAUGCAUGACAUGGUAUCUAGAAUUGGGUCAUGGUGAAGCAGGAAAAAAUAGCGGAGAAUUUAGGGCCACAAGAUUUAUUAUUAUUUAUUUUAUUUUUUUUAAAUUAAUAAAAUUGGAAGUCUGUGAUUCGAAUUCAGUCAUUUUCGGUCACUAAACAAAAAUAAUUGGGUGUUAUGACCUACGCUUGAAAAAUCUGAAAGGCAGUCUAGCUUUAACUUGUGACUGAAUUCCGAAAACAAAAAACGCAUGCUUUUGAGCCUGUUUUUUAGAGUUUGAUUUAAGUUCUUCUCUAUUUUACUUCAUAGGCAUUGAACCAUCCAGCAUCUGAACGUUUUAAUUUUGAUGUUGAUUUUCCAUUCCAGUUUCUGCACAGUCACUGAUCGAUAUAUAACUUUAAUUCAUUACACAGCGAAUGUACUGUAGUUUACUGAAGUGGACCAAACCCACUGAGCAGCGAGGGUUAUGUUUAUAGCUGAAGUGAAUUUGGUCUUGUGCGAACUGCCGUUGCAGUGAUUCGCACCAUUACCUCCCCCUGCCACUUCCUGUCGUCACAUUGUUCUGUCUGCUUCCUGUGAGCUGCUUUGUGGCUUUGACAGGAUUCACUCGGGUCUUCUUUAGCACGAGCUAGUGACUGCUAACUGUUGCUCAGGAAUGUGCACGGGUCAUGAUGAUCAGACUGUUUCGUCCAUUGUUCUCCUCUCUGUACCGUAACGAGGGCCUCAUCAGCUCAGCCUUCUCUGGUGUGCUCAGGAGGUCAUAUCCCAUGACCUUUGUGUAUAUAACCUCACAAUGUCUUGCAAUGACAUUUAAUCAGUUAAAACAUCACCUUGUUUCAGGAAUGAGUAAAACGCUGAAAUGGAGAGGCUUAUUUAUUUGCAGCUCAAAUUAUUUGCAGUGUUUAGUUUUUUUUUUUUCUUUCCACUGUCCACAGUCAGCAACUGAUAGUAUACUUGGCUAACAUUUUAACCUUGGUACUUGCGUUUUAGUUCUACCAGCCUGAGGUACUUUUCCAACACAUCACCAGUAACCAUCUUAAGAGUUUGCAACAUCUCCCACUAGGGUCUUGGAAAUCGGAGGAAAUUACCGUCUUGUGUUCAGGGCCUUGGUGUAUGGAGAGUUUGCAGUAUCUAUCAGUACUCUCAUCUUUAGGGCCUUAAGGUUUGGAGGGAAUUCACAAUAUCCCCCCAUAGGUCAAGUCAAUUUAUUUGUAUCAUGCUUUUAACAAUAGACAUUGUUCCAAAGCAGCUUGACAGAAGAUUAAAGAUUUUAAACAUAUGAACUAAUAAAUUGAUCCCUAAUACUAUCUUGUAUUCAUAGCUUUGACAUUUAGAGGCACUUUGCAACAUCUCCCAGUAUGAUCAUCUGUUCUCUUUCCCAGUACAGUCUUGUGUUCAGGGUUUUGGUGAUUGGGGGUAAUUUACAACGUCUCCCAGUACUAUCUUCUGUCCAGGGCUCUAGCAUGUGGAGGGAAUUUUGCAACGUCUCCUGGUACUAUCUUCUGUUCGGGGCUCUAGCACGUGGAGGGAAUUUGCAACGUCUCCCGGUACUAUCUUCUGUCCGGGGCUCUAGCACGUGGAGGGAAUUUGCAACGUCUCCCGGUACUAUCUUCUGUUCGGGGCUCUAGCACGUGGAGGGAAUUUGCAAUGUCUCCCGGUACUAUCUUCUGUUCGGGGCUCUAGCACGUGGAGGGAAUUUGCAACGUCUCCCGGUACUAUCUUCUGUUCGGGGCUCUAGCACGUGGAGGGAAUUUGCAACGUCUCCCGGUACUAUCUUCUGUUCGGGGCUCUAGCACGUGGAGGGAAUUUGCAACGUCUCCCGGUACUAUCUUCUGUUCGGGGCUCUAGCACGUGGAGGGAAUUUGCAACGUCUCCCAGUACUAGCUUCUGUUCGGGGCUCUAGCACGUGGAGGGAAUUUGCAACGUCUCCCAGUACUAUCUUCUGUUCGGGGCUCUAGCACGUGGAGGGAAUUUGCAACGUCUCCCAGUACUAUCUUCUGUUCGGGGCUCUAGCACGUGGAGGGAAUUUGCAACGUCUCCCAGUACUAUCUUCUGUUCAGGGUUCUAGCAUGUGGAGGGAAUUUGUAACGUCUCCCAGUACUAUCUUUUUUUGUUUGUUUGUUUGUUUACAGCCCUGUGGUUUAAAGGGAAUUUACACCGUCUCCCAGUACAGGGCUAUGGCAUAAUGGUAGCAGUGACCGAAAGCCCCAUCUGCUGGUGGGAGAGGACAUGGCAAAACAGUGAAAAGAAAGAGUGGCUUUCCUAUUUCAGUUUCUAUCUAUGUGGUUUUGUCUUUGAUCAUCAGCUUUCAUGUUUUGUAGUCCGUCAUUUAAACUGCUCAUUUAUGUCUUGUGGGUUUGUUUUUCUUGGAAAGUACUUAGGAAGCCAUUUGAGAGGUCGAGCAAAUGCUUCUUACCACUUGAAUUCCACAGAAACCCCUCUCUUGUCGCACGUUUUAAGAUUACUGUGAAACUGAAGGCGCUGUGAGUUUUAAAAUGUAUCAAAGGCUCUUGCCGUGAGGCAAAACGAUAUUUUCUUAAGUGGUAAAAUAAAAACCUGUCCAUUUCAAAUCUUUACCCAAAGCUUCCUCCUUCGAGUGUUUUAGAUUUCUACCUGUGUUUUUUGAUCAUAAUGUUAAUUUCAUAUGUAGAGUUCAUAUUUUCACAGGGCUAUAAGGUACAAAACCACACAAUAUCAAAAGUCUGUUUUACCUCUUUCUAUUUUCAAUGACUAUGGGGAGAAAAGGGUACAAAAUAUUGUCUUUUGCCUGAUCGUACUUGUGUCUGUGGAUGUUACUUUAGAUGUUUGCCUUAUUUAAAGUAGUACUAAAAGCAUUUUAAAUGUAGAUGGUCAGCAUGUGUUGAGAGUGGAGAUGUGUGUGAAUACAAAAUGGAGUAUUCUGUGUCUUAACUUCAGAUUGGUGGACUGAACAUUGUGGCCUUAAAAUGGCAGGAAGUUAAAAAAAAAAUUUUUUUUUUUGGAUUAUUAUAUAUAUUUUUUAACCUCCCCUGGUCUGUUCAGGUCUUGAUUCCUUUUCUUUACCUGCUUAGCACCCACCUAAGUUCUUUAAGGGUUAUGUUAAAAAAAAAAAAAAAGCAUUUUAAAAUGCCAUUGUAAAAUAUGAGGUCUUACUUUUUCCCCUGUCUAGAUUGUGCUGUGCUCCUUUUCUCUUUUUAAUUUCUCAUUUUUGUACAUGCUUUUGAAAAAAAUAAAUAAAAACCAUGCUGGUGUUGA